AUGAAAAACGCACUCAGAGAAAAUUUCAUGCCGUCAAAUUUCGUCAUGAGAGAAAAUAUUGGUUCGGGUUUGAAAAUGGCCAUGGAACACUGUCAACGACAAUUCAAAUGGGAUCCCUGGAAUUGUCCGGAAAGUUCAUUUUUACACGGUAACAAAGGUUGGGGAUCCACGAGAGAAUUCGCGUACGUUCUCGCAAUAACGUCGGCUGCUAUCGAUUACGUCGUUACUAAAAAUUGUUCUUCGGGAAGUGUUAAAGGUUGCGGAUGCGAUCCUAAUUUGAACGGUUCGACAGAUGAGAAUUUCAUUUGGGGGGGUUGCAGCGAUUUUCCCCAACACGGAGAAGACGUUUCGAAAAAAUUUUUAGACGAUGCCGAAACCGGAAUGGAUGCUCAAACUUAUACGAAUUUACACAACUACGCGAUCGGACGCCAUGUCGUUAGAACGUCAAUGAAAAAACAUUGCAAAUGUCACGGAAUGUCCGGAAGUUGCACUAUACAAAGUUGUUGGAUGCAAAUGGCGUCAUUUCACGAUAUCGCAACGGAUUUAAGAAAUAAAUACGAUCAUGCCGUGAGAUUCGAUUUCGAAGUCGUUAAGGGUAAACACGGAAUUGGAAAUUCGGUUUCCGGCAAUGCAUUAUCCCAACAACUUUUCCCCUUCAAAUCGAACGUUAAAAAUUUAUUGUACGUUCAGAAAUCACCAAACUACUGUCGAGAAAAUCACACGAUGGGUUGGAAAGGAACAAAGGAAAGGAUUUGUUCUAGAAAGAAAAAAGGAGUUUCCGUACCGGAAAGGAAAAGUUGUUCAAAUUUAUGCAGACGAUGCGGACACGACGUUAGAAAAAAGGAAAAAAUAAUUGAAACUCAUUGCAACUGCACGUUCGAAUGGUGUUGCGAAGUUAAAUGUUUUAAAUGUAACGAAACCGUUAUAGAAUAUUAUUGUUCUUGA